AUGUUGAGGGUCUGUGAGAAACUUCGCGUAGUGGACGUCAAGAGUAAGAGACACGGAGUAGCGCGUACGGAGACAGACUACCUCCGUGCCCUGCAGGACGCCAUGGCGAACAUGGACAGGUGUGUGGAAGUGGAGGUGCUCAAAAGUCUGGGCGACGUGAACUUGAAAAAGGGACAACUCGACAAGAAUCCAGAAAAGUUUGACAGAGCCAUGGUGUUGUACAGGACCGCACUGAUCCGGUGUAACGACGCAGGUGUGGGAGAAAGUCUUGAACAUCGCUACCACUAUGCAGAGAAACUAAGGUUAGGGGAGCUAUCAGCAGCUUCAAGUAGUUAUGAGCCCGUUACUAACAUCAAGAAAAUCUGUUCGCUGCCUAAUGUAGCAGAGAGGUUCCUAGAUAUAGACAGAAUAUUGACUGUUAGUGGCAAAAGCCUCUCUUUGCUUACUGAAUAUACCAGGCUGAUGGUAGAAGGGAUCGUAAGCGACGACAAUAUGUUAGAGGUGGAAGCGAUCAAGAGUCUCGGUGACGUGUACCUGAAAAGAGGAACAGAAACUAGAGACACGACAUGUUUGACCAAAGCCACUGCUCUGUACAACACUGCGCUGGCACGGUGUGAGCGGUUCCAGGGUACAGUGGCACUCAUUCACCGCUUACUGUACACGGCAAGGAUCAGACAAAGGAGACCGACAGCAAACAAGAUUCCAAAGCGCAGAGUACAACAACAGCAGGGUCAGGUUUCACGAGACUUUCCGAUUACAUCACCCAACACUGACGUCAGAGAUGUCAAGGGUCAGUCUAGGUCUUACAAGGAGUACCUGACUACAGGGGACCGCGCACUGACUGAUGGGAAGCUGGACUUGGCCGAACAGAACUUUGCGUCUGCUCUGAGAGAAAUUCACAAUCCGAGCAAACCCGAUCGAGGUAAGGAGGCUGAAUGCCUGUCCAGACUUGGUGACGUUUACGUCCAGCGAGGUAAAACAACAAAGGAAGGUAGGAAAUUCACACAAGCAGCAGCUUUGUACAACGCAGCCAUGGCCAGAAAGGCCGAAGACAAACACAGUGUGACAAAACGACUGCAGGAGAUAGAGCAAUUGUUUCUCGAUUGCACAGCAAAUGUGGAAUCGAAACAUGUUCCUCCUGAUUUGGCUAUAGGUCAUAAGAAGCGAUUAGAAGAAAUGCGUACGCGCGCUAAGUCACAACUAGAAGCCAUUGAUCAGCAACACAACCCGUACCAAUACGACGAGGAUGACCCGGUCAUGAUAACAGUCGAGGCUGAGAGAGCUGAAGCAGUCAAGGCUUUAUUCAAGAACAUUGCCAAAGAUAGACAGAGUUUUAUCCAAGAACUUGUUGAUGAAUGUAUUGCCACACUCGGUCCUCCUCCAUGUAAGUACGCUUUCAUGGGGUUAGGCUCACAGGCAACAGAACUGGUCACACCCUACUCUGACCUGGAGUUCGCCAUUCUGAUUGAGGAAGGGAAGGACAAUGACGACACACGGCGGUACUAUCUCAACCUCACACACUACCUACACCUGAAAGUCAUCAACCUCAGAGAGACCAUCCUCCCAGCCAUGGCCAUCCCGUCACUCAACGAUUUUCUAUCCGAGGAUCCAGAGAAAGACUGGUUCUUUGACUCUGUCACGCCACGUGGGUUUUCUUUUGACGGCUUCAUGCCAUGGGCCAGUAAAACCCCGUUUGGAAGAAACCAGACUAAGAAGAAGCCUCCCGUAAGCCUUAUCCAAACCCCUGCUGAAAUGGCAAAGUUUCAGCUGCUACACGUUUCCGUGGCAGAAGGGUACCAUUUGUCAGACAUUCUUAGGCGGGUUGUUUUCUUAACAGGGGAAGAGGCUCUCGUGACGACGUAUGUGAGAAAGAUUAACGAAAUCGUCACAGAUGAUCUACUAUCGCAACUCUUGCCCAGACUGUCUGCUAUACAAUUAUUGUGGGAGAAUAGGGAGCAGCUUUCCUCCCAUGAGCCUACUGGGCAACUACUAAAUGUCAAGAAAGACAUCUAUCGUUUCCCCGGCAUUGCCAUCGAAGUACUAGCUUUGUGCUGUCAGAUAACUCUUGCCAGCGCGUGGAAAAUUAUAGAUAAGUUGAAGGAAACGGAAAGGAUCGAAGAAGAGAACGCAACCCACCUGACGGUGCUGACCAGUAUCUCGGCUGAGCUCCGGUUAAGAACAUACCUGAACAACGGGGGACAACAAGACAAUAUGUCCCCUCUUGCACAAAUGAAAUACCAUUCGAAACUUCAAGAGGUAUCUGGCAAUACCCUGAGAUCAGUUUUCCACAUUCCAGACGUUCAAGUUCUGUUUAGAUACUACUGCAGGGCUAUCCCUUUGAAGAAAUGUAUACCACGCAGUCUACAGGUUCAACCAAAAUGUGUAUUGAAAACGACGAUCUUCGAUUCUUCUCACGAAUGUAGAGGCCGAAUAUCAAAAGAACUAUAUCUGUACGAUAGAGCCAAACACUACCUGGAAGCAGCAUUGAAAAAUGCCUGUAGUGAUAAAAUCAAACGUGCUAAAAUACUUCAGGAAUUGGGAAACGUAUUGCCCUUCUAUGGCGAUAUCACUGAAGGAAUUAGGCUUAAUGAAGAGGCACUUAGGUUACGCCGAAAGAUCUAUGGUACGGUACAUGCAAACAUCGCUAGGUCACUAUAUAAUCUUGGAGUAUCUUGGAGUAAUUAUGGCGAUCACAAGCAAGCAAUCAGCUACUUCGAAGAGUCCCUAACGAUGAGCAAAACUGUCCAUGGAGAGAACACGGCUCAUCCGGACAUCGCCGGGACACUCAACAUCCUGGGAUUGUCUUGGAGUCGUCUCUGCGACCACAAGAAAGCAAUCCACUACUGCGAACUGUCACUAUCAGUGAUGAAAACUAUCUUUGGAGAGAACAUGCCACAUCCGGACAUUGCCGCGUCACUAAACAACUUGGGAUUGUCUUGGAUGAAUCUCGGCCAUCACAAGAAAGCACUCCACUACUACGAACAGUCACUAUCGAUAAGGAAAACCAUCUAUGGAGACAACACGGCACAUCCGGGCAUUGCCUUGUCACUAAACAACUUGGGGUCGUCUUGGACUCAUCUCGGCGAUCACAAGAAAGCAGUCCGCUACUACGAACAGUCAUUAUUGAUAAGGAAAAUUAUCUAUGGAGAAAAUACGCCACAUCCGUACAUUGCUGCGUCACUUAACAACCUGGGAAUGUCUUGGAAAAAUCUCGGCGAUCAUAAGAAAGCAAUCCGCUACCAUGAACAGUCACUAUCGAUGACGAAAGCUAUCUACGGAGAGGCCACGACACAUCCGGACAUUGCCCAGUCGCUAGACAACCUGGGAUGGUGUUGGAGUGAUCUCGGCGAUCACAAGAAAGCAAUCAGCUACUUUGAACAGUCACUUUGGUAG